AUGUAUCGGAGACCGCUCUGUGGCAAGCGUUAUCUGAAGGUGCUCAUCCCCCUGCUGGUGACCCCUUGCCUGAUAAAGCUGACGCUGGUCUGGAUGAACGGGGACUCGUCGGCCCUCUGCCCCUCGCGGUUCAACGCCACAGACAUUCUGAUGCAGCCCGACAGCCGCUGCGACCGCGACAGCCCGUUCCUCGUCCUGUUGGUCACCAGCUCCCCGGAGCAGUUCCAGGAGCGCUCGGUUAUCCGCCGGACCUGGGGGAGCGAGCGGCGGACGGCGGGGACAGGCAGGUCGGUCACCUACUUCCUUCUGGGGCGCGGGCGAGAGAGGCAGGAGAGCAUCCGGCGGGAGGGCGAGGUGUACGGUGACAUCAUCCAGGGAGAUUUCGACGACACCUACUACAACCUGACCUGCAAGGUCCUCCUGGGCCUCCAGUGGCUCUGUAACUCCUGCCCCUCCGCCACGUUCGUGAUGAAGACCGAUACCGACAUGUUCGUCAACACCGACUAUCUGCUGGAGCUCCUGUCCCGGGAGCCCCGCCGGCGUAACCUCUUCACCGGGUUCAUUAUGGACCAUUCGUGGCCCAUCCGCAACAUAUUCUCAAAGUGGUACGUGAGUCCGGCGGAGUACUCGAUGCAAAUGUACCCACCCUUCUGUUCCGGCACCGGAUACGUGCUCUCCACCGACCUGGCCUGCCGCGUGUGGAACACCUCCCGGGCAGUGCCCCUCUUUAAACUGGAGGACGUCUACGUAGGGCUGUGCCUGGCCGAGCUAAAGGUGAAGCCGCUGGACAUACACGACCGCCCCGUCUUCCACAACUACAGGGUACCGUUCUCCAUCUGCUCCUACCGGCAGCUAGUCACCUCACACCAGGUCACACCGACUGAGCAAGGGGACUACUGGAGACAGCUGCAGGCCUCUGGCAAUGUGAAAUGCCCAAGUGACCAGCGAGGAAACUGA